UUUAAUUGCUUUGAACUUAUACAAUUGCGAAGGUGCUGCAAUACAAGCAGCGAUGUUCGGAGCUCGAAAGUCAGAUGUUAGAGACUACUCCUCGCAGCGAUCCGUCCAUUUAUCGGCCAGGAAAGAGUGCUAUCGCGCUCCCGCCGCCGGCCGCGCUGCCCUCCUCCGGGACCUCCUCCGACUCCCGGAGAGAUGAACGAAUUAACGACUUGGAGACGGCACUUCGCCGACUCGACGAGGAAAAACGCAAGUGUGAGAAAUUGGUGGCCCAAAAUAAUCUACUCCGUGACCAACUAGAGGAGUCACACCAGCUGAACGAAGCCCUCACUGGAGAUCUGCAAAAAUUGACUAAUGACUGGGAAGCACUACGUGAUGAGAUGUCUAUCAAGGAAGAUGAGUGGAAAGAUGAGGAACAAGCUUUCAAUGACUACUAUUCGAGUGAGCACAACCGCUUGCUCAAUCUGUGGCGUGAAGUGGUGGCCGUGAAACGGUUUUUCAAUGAGCUGCAGGCCAACACAGAGCGCGACCUGUUCCGCGUCAAGAGCGAUCUUGACUCAUCUGUACGUGAACUCAUAGGCACCCUCACUGGUUACUCUAUCAACACAUACGCUGCUCAAGGAUCGAAGUCCGAAAAUCAACCCCUUCACGGACAGUCGCUGCCUGGAUCCACAGUCAACGUUGGUCUAGAGACUUUACGCGUAGAACUGAGGGACAUGACGUCACAACGGGACACCGCACUAGCCGAGUUGCGAGAACGAGACGCACGCAUACAACGCCUCUUGGGCGAAUUGCAAGGAUUGGAGGAGCGUUGUGAAUGCGCGGAGACGUUGUGUUCCGAAGCGACCGUGAUGAGGUCCGCGCUGGAGGAGGUGGCGCGAGCCCUCAUACAGGACUCCGAGUGUGACACUACUGUACACCAUCUCACUGACAGAUCACCGAAACGUAACGUGUCACAGGCGGCCAAUGCGACAGCGUUCGCGGAGAGUACAAUAUCAGCGGUACAGGCGGCGUUACACAAGUACCAGAUACAAAUACAUGAACUCCAAGUGAAACUGCAGAAUACAAGAGAACAAUUAUCGACGAAUAGAAAACAUUGCGAAACAGCUGAGAGUAACGUGGCGUCGCUUGAAGCGAAGGUGCAAGAUCUACAAGGUAAACUCGACCAGGCGAACGCUGAUAUCAACCAGCUGGUGCAGGAGAAAGAGAUGAUGCAGAAAACAAUAGAAUCGUUGAGAACAGACAAGAACAAUUUAGAGAGGAACAGAAUAGAAAUCAACGCCAUGGUCGAAUCACUGACAUCGGAUUAUGAGAAACUGCAGAAGAUAAACUCCCGUCUUGAGAAGAACAUAGAAUCUCUGGAGAACGAGAAGCGAGCACUCGAUGGAGAAGUGGACCAUCUGCAUAGAGAGGCGGCUAACAGGGAGUCUAUACUCAGAGCGGAAGAGGAGCGGUCGUCCCGUUUGCGCUCGGAACUGGUCACUAUGAGAGAAGAAUUGAACAAAACAUCACUUUGUCGCGAUCUGCUAGACCAGCAGAAGACGGAGUCUGACUCUAUACUGUCGCAGUUGGAGAAACAUAGAAACGAGUUGGAGAUAGAGUUAGAGAGGACGAUAAUGGAGAGAGGAGAUCUACAGGAGCUGGUGGAGAAACUGGAGACGGCCGUCAGGAAUCUAGAGGGUGAUAAGAGGAAACUGCAGGACGACGUCAAACACCUGGAAGACGAGAAGAGUUCUCUAUCGAGCCAGUGCUGCGAGCAGCAGGGCGACCUGAGCGCGCUGCGCAAGGAGCUGCUGGCGGCCGAGCAGGCGCGCCUCGACCUGGAGGCGGACAAGGGCUCGCUCUGCGAGAAGAUCAACUUCCUGGACCACGAGCGGGAGAAGGUCGAGCUGGAGCUGAGACAAGUCGUCAGGGAGCGAGGAGAGCUGAGCUCUCAGCUGACGGCGAUGGUCCGCAAGAAGGACGCGCUCAACGAGGAGAUGAUCCGUCUGCAGCAGCGGCUCGAGCAGGCCAACGAGACCAUCGGCCGACUCAACCGCGCGCUGGAGGACCACGUCAAGGACGCCGAGGAGAAACAGAUCCUCAUAGACAAUCUGGACAAAGACCGACAACACUUGCAAGAGCAACUGGCCAGCGUCCGAUCUGAGAAGGACGCGUUGGAGGCCGUGUUGUUCGAUACCGCCAACAUGUUGGAAGACUCGGACAACAAGAGGAACAAACUCGAACAAGAGCUGCAGGAGAGUCUGGUGCAGCAGGAGAACUAUAAAGGUCAAAUCGCUCGACUCGGCAAGGAGCUGGAGAACAGUGAGAAGAAGUUGCGCGACACCCGCAACAGUCUGCAGCAGCAGGCCGGCAGGAAGGAGGCUGAGUACCAGCAGCUGAUCGCCAACCUGAACCGCACCUCUACUGACAACAUCACCAAGCUCAAGGAGGAGAAGGAGCAACUUCGACAGUCUUUGGAGCAAAAGCUAAAUCAAACGAUAGCAACACUUACGAGUGAAAAAGAAUCAUCUGAAGCUAGUGCGAGGGAAAGAGAGAAGAAACUGCUGGCGAUUCGCGACCAACUUAUACUGCAACACGACGAAGCAAUGCUCAGGGCUGAGAAUGAUAAACAACAGGCUCUACUUAUGGCUCAUCAGGAGCAGCAAGCUCUAAUAGAGCGUUACGAGGAAGCGAAGCGUUCACUCGACUGCGAACAAAACAAACUGGAGCGACUGCGGCGGGAGGCGCAGGCCAGGGCCGACCAGGACAGGACGUACGUCAACCAGCUCAAGGACGAACUAGCCGCAUUCAAGACCAGGCUAGAGGAGGCCAAGGUGGCCGCGGAGGACGAAGUGGCCAGAUUGGAGAAUCGUAUAAAAGAGUUGCAUCUGGAGAAGGAGGCGGUGGGCCGCGAGUGCACGGAGACUCGCGCGCACCUCGCGCUGGCCGAGGACAAGUACGACAACGCGUACGCGCAGCUGCAGGACGCCAUGCGGAAACUGAAGGAGUUAGAAAACGAAGCGGACAGCCUCCGCAAGGAGCUGACGGACGUGCGCCGGCAGCUGAGCAACUGCAGCGCGGAGCGGGACAAGCUCAGCAGCAGCGGCCGCGACCUGCGCGACCGCCUCAAGCGCGCCGACGCCGAGCGAAGAGACGCGGCGCGCGUAAGGGACGACGCCUACCGCAAGAUCGCCGGACUCGAAGAAAACCGUACCUCGUUAGAAAUGGAAUUAAGUCGAGUACAAAAUAUGCUGAAGGAGUCUGAAAGUGGCGGCGAACACGUUACUAGAGAACUGAAGACUACCGAAGCUCAGCUGAAGAGGGAACGGGCCGCGUUGGAGCAAGCGCAACAUGACAUCAAAGAGCUACAGUCCAGAUUGCAAAACGAGAGUGAAGAGCGCGAGCGGUGCGCGAGCGAGGCGGCGGCGGCGCGGCGGCGCGGCGGCGAGCUGGAGGCGGCGCUGGGGGGGGCGCGCGCCGACCUGGCCGCCGCCGCGCAGCGCACCGCCGACCUGGAGGAGGCGUGCCGCGCGCGCGACCAGGAAUUAGUACUUCGUUUAGAAGAUUGCCGUUCUAAGGAGCGUAGACUGGAAGAGUUGAAGCACAACCUCGAAGUGUGCCUCGCUGAUGCUACACAACAGAUACAGGAACUGAAGGCCCGGCUAGGUGGCAGCGAAAGUCGUUGUCGCGCAUUAGAAGCGUCAUUAACACAAUGCGAGAGCGGCAAACGCGAAGCGGAAGCGAAACUGUCGUCUAUUGCUCACACGCUGCGGAGGGUCUGCGGCGUGCAACCCGACGGGUCCGUGCACGCCGCCGCCAGGAGGAGACUCGCCAGCCCCGCCAGGAGAUACAGCCCGCACAGAGGUCGUGAUCAUUCCGAAGACCGGAACGAGAUUAUCGACGUUGAUCCAGAACUAAUCAAGAAGGGUGUCAGGAACUUGAUGCAUGAAGUUUGUCAGAUCGAGAGAGAAAAGGAUGAUUACAAAUCACAAGUGGCGAUGAUGAAGAAGCAACUGAAAGAAGCGAGCGACCAACAUGGCAAGGGCGAAGGGAAACUGCAGUCUGUGACGAGUAACCUGCGCAGCAUGCAGGAGGAGAAGGCGCGGCUGCAGGCCGCGUGCGGGCAGAAGGAGGCGCAGCUUAAUGCAUUGAACGAGGCCGUGCAGACGAAAACUGUUGAGAUUAGCAACUUAAGAGACAAGAUCACAAGUCUGGAGGCGACACUCAGCUCCGUCACCGAGGAGAAGGUUCAGAAUGAGAAUAAAGCAGAGAGUCUUCGCGUUCAAUUAGCGGAACGAGUCCAAGAAGUCGCUCAACUCCGCGAAGCACUGGCGGUAGCAGAAGGUCGAGGGGCGCGUCUGGACGUUCGCCGCGCUCAGCUGGAGGGAGACAUACAGCGCGCCGCCGUCGCCGCCCGGGACAGGGAACAGGCGAUCAAGAAACUUCAAGAACGUUGCGAAGGUUAUACGCGCACCAUUACGUCACUGGAAGAGAGAUGUACUUCUCUCAAAGGGACCGUGGAACAACUGUCCACGUCCCUACAGAAGGCAGCGGCCGCUGAGAGCGAGCUGAGGGCGGAGCUCAGCAAGGUUCAGCGGCAACUGAACGAGGCCAAGAACAACGAGCACGGCGCCAUCGAUAAACUGAGGCAGUUGCAGAAGAAUGUCUCGAACUGUGAGAAUGAGCGGCGCGUACUGUCCGAGAAGUUGGAGAGCGCUAAGUCGGCGUUGAAUGAACUGAAGAGGAUCAACUCCUCGCUGGAAGACCAGGUGCACCGGCUAACCAACCAGCUGUCCAACGUUGAGGUGCAGAGGUGAGCUUCAAGUUUGAUACUUAAAGAUUACCUCGCACGUCUGGCUGUUUAUUCAUCUGUUAGCGUUUAUUUGCUUUAAACAAAAAAAAAAUCGAUUUUUUAAAGUUAAUUGCACACUAGCUGUUUCCCGCGUAAAUGAAAGCCGUUGUCAGUCACCUAUGAUGCUUUCCAUAGGUGAAAGAACUUUUAAACCAGUAAUUAAUCCAAUUUAAAAAUUCAAAAUUCCGGUGCCUAUUCGGUAUAAACAUAGAAGCAAUAGAAUACUCUUUAUAAUCCCACUAAUAUUAUAAAGGUGAAAGUUUGUUGGUUUGGAUGUUUGUUACUUCUUCACGCAAAAAUUAUUGAACAGAUUUUGAUGACAUUUGGUAUACUUGGAUUAUCAUAUAGACUAUUGUUUAUCCCACUAAAAGGUUCCCUGGGGAUAGAAGUACUUCUAAGGGCACCUAUUUUUGUGAACUCUGCCAAAACGGUAAGAGAUAUAUGAAUGCUUUCUAAAGAAAAGUUAGAGAGCUUUAUAACUAAGUGCAUUUUUUUAAAAAAUAAAAAAAACGUAAAUGUCUAUUAAAUUUUUUUUUGUCUGUUUUUAGACGUCUAUUUGUAUAGGUGAUAUUGGAUCCUUUUUAAAAAAUAUAUACGUAUCAUCAAAGAAACAGAUAAGAGAGGAUGUCAUCACCAUCAUCAUCAUCAUCAGCCCUUUUACGUCCCUACUGCAGGGGCUCAGGCCUUCCUUAUGGAUGGUUAAUGAGGAUGGGUCAUGACCCUCCACGCUGGCCCAAUGAGGAUUGGAGGGUAUUAACGACUGCAAAUGCAACCGGGACCAACGGCUUAACGUGCCUUCCGAAGCACGGAGUAGCUCGAGAUAAUAUUUUUUUGGUCACCGAUCCCGUGACCGACCCUUGCGAAAGUUGCUUAACGACAACGAUCGCGCCCGCGGCGCUUUACCACUACGCUACCGUAGCGUAGCAUAUUUUCUCCGUAGUAGCUACGGAGAAAAUAUGGACACUUAAUCUAAUGAUACAUAAAAUUAUUAUUGUGAUAUCAAGAAUUAUUUAGAC